AUGAAACCAACUUGGUGGCCCGGAGAACAACAUGAAUCCUUCACAGAAUGGGCCAUAUCCCAAGGAAUUAUCCCCAAUGGAGUCACCCCAGCCCGAUUCCCAGGUCGUGGUCUGGGCAUGAUAGCCACACGAAAUAUCAAAAAAGGUGAAAAUCUUCUCAGAGUACCAUUGGAAGCAAUGUUCACCAUCAAUUGUGUCCCUGAAUCGUUCAGCAGCAAAUUCCCCGAGGGGACACCCGUACAUGCCCUAUUUGCAGCAUUCUUCACAAAUGGCAACGCUGAAGACCUCCAGAGAUACAACCUCUGGAGAAGUACCUGGCCCAGUCGCCAGGAUUUUCAAGAUAGCAUGCCAAUUGUGUGGCCUGAAUUCCUCCGGGGUUCAAACCGUGACCAGACACUGCUCCCUCCAUCAAUAUCCGGAACCUGGAAUACCUUCCAGAAACGAAAGGCCGAAUAUCCAUACGACUCAUCUCACCAAAAUCUUCUCCCUCAGCAAACGAAACGACUACAAGACGCAUGGGAGAAAGUCAUAUCCGUCUUCCCGGAUACGGAUUGGGAGACGUUUUCUUUUCAUUGGCUUAUUGUGAACACGAGAUCGUUUCAUUAUCUGAUGCCCGGAGAGGAGCCGCCGGAGGAUCGGAAUGAUGCUAUGGCUUUGCUGCCUUUUGCGGAUUAUUUUAAUCAUUCGGAUGUUAUCGAUGAUGUGAAAUUCAAUGGAAAAGAAUAUGUAUUUCGUUCUACAGAGAGUUAUGUUGAGGGAGAAGAGGUAUACAUGAGUUACGGGCCUCAUCCAAACGACUUCCUUUUGGCUGAAUACGGUUUCUUCCUCGACAAAAAUGAGUGUGAAACAUUAUACCUUGACGAUAUUAUUUUCCGAGAUCUCGGUCCUUCUCUCCAAGAAGAACUAAACCUGCACCAAUAUUAUGGUAACUACCAAGUAACAUCCACCGGCGCCUGCUACCGCACCGAGAUCGCAGCAUGCAUAAAGUACAUGACACCCAAAGAAUGGCAGAACUACGUCCUUGGGUACUCGACCAAGGGUGUAGAUGAUAAAAAGACGGAGACUAUUAUCCGGGAAUGGAUCAAGGCGUACGGCGAAGAGGCUAAUACAACGAUUGCAAAGCUGGGGGAUAUAAGAUCAUCUAGUGAAACAGAUGGCAAAGUUGAAAUGCUUCUGAAACGGUGGAAGCAGAUCUAUGAUUUGUGUCAACAGGCAGUGGAAGCCGUAUCUUGUUAG